AUGUUACCAAAGUUAGACAGUUUGUGUGCUACCGUCGAUGUACUGGUGAUGUGGGCGGAGCAACAAGUAGAGCGACGCCGGGUGAAACGAGACGGUCUGCCCGACGAGCAUGCAGCAGGCGUCGCAGCAGCAGCAGCAGCACCAACAGGGAAUAGCCGACAUCCGCGUCAGUUCCCAGAUUUCAGCAGGUUCUUCUUCUCCUCUGCCCCGGAUACUCCCUCCCGUCGGGGGUCCAGGUUCCCCGACCCUCUGUACGCGCAGCAGUGGUACCUGUCUGAGGGGGCUAUUGGCGGCUACGACAUGAACGUUGGUCCCGCCUGGGCACGAGGCUACACUGGCAAGGGUGUUGUCAUCUCCAUCCUGGACGAUGGUAUCCAGCAUAACCACCCAGACAUCGCUCAGAACUACGACCCGCUGGCGUCUACGGACAUCAAUGACAACGACGCCGACCCCUUCCCCCGCGACAACGGCGACAACCGCCACGGGACGCGAUGCGCUGGUGAGGUAGCUGCUGUCGCUUUCAAUGACUACUGUGGCGUGGGUGUCGCCUACAACAGCAGCAUUGGUGGUGUGCGGAUGUUGGAUGGGACGGUAAAUGAUGCAGUGGAGGCCCGAGCCAUCUCACUCAACCCAGACCACAUAGACAUCUUUUCUGCAUCUUGGGGUCCUGAGGAUGAUGGCAAGACGGUUGAUGGCCCAGGGCCCCUGGCCAAGAGAGCCUUCAUCAAUGGUGUUAUCAGGGGUCGGCAUGGAAAGGGCUCCAUCUUUGUGUGGGCGUCAGGCAACGGUGGUCGACAUACUGACAACUGUAACUGUGAUGGCUACACCAACUCCAUUUUCACCUUGUCCAUCUCCUCAGCAUCACAGAGAGGGUUUAAGCCAUGGUACCUAGAAGAAUGUUCUUCAACUCUGGCAACCACAUACAGUUCAGGGACCCCAGGGCUUGACCGUAGUGUUGCCACAGUUGACAUGGAUGGCAACCUAAGACCCGAACGCAUGUGCACCGUUGAGCAUACAGGUACAAGUGCCUCAGCACCAUUAGCAGCAGGCCUGUGUGCUCUGGCUCUUGAAGCUAAUCCAGACCUGACCUGGCGCGAUAUGCAACACCUUGUGGUUAUGACCUCACGUUAUGAACCACUAAGACAGGAAGAUGGCUGGUUUAUCAAUGGUGUUGGGCGUAGAGUGAGUCACAAAUUUGGCUAUGGACUGAUGGAUGCUGGCAAGCUGGUAGAGUUGGCAGAAAAAUGGACAACUGUACCACCUCAGCAUGUUUGCCAGAGUAUUAAGGACCGAACUGAUCAAGGAAUUCCUACUAUCAUGGGAGAAUCAGUAUUUGCAGAGAUCACCACAGAUGGCUGUGCUGGAACAUCUAGAGAGGUUCGCUAUUUGGAACAUGUACAAGCUAGAGUUUCUCUUCGAUUCCUGCCACGAGGAAACAUCAACAUAAAACUUAUAUCCCCCUCAGGUACUUCUUCUACACUGUUAUUUGAAAGACCAAGGGAUGUGUUCUCUGAAAAGUUUGAUGAUUGGCCUUUCCUCUCUGUUCACUUUUGGGGAGAAAAGGCAGCAGGGACUUGGCGGUUAGUUGUCACUAACGCUGGUACACGGGAAGUUCGUCACCCAGGUGUACUAAUACAGUGGCAGCUCAUCUUGCAUGGGACUAAAGAGCGUCCAGGACGUCUGCGCACAGAACUGCCUCAGCGCUCAGAUUCUUUGUCUUUCUCACAGCCUCUGCCAACCCAGUCUUCCUCAGGUUUACAGUUCUCGUCACGAAGACCUUCUAAUAGUCCCUUCACUAUUAGCAUCCUCGACCAAAUCCUGGCUGGAUCUAGUCCCAAUGCUACUUAUGCCACAGUUGAUGGGAAGAUAGUAUCAGGUCCAAAUCACUUGACAACUGCUCAGGAUGGUGACAUUAUAAACAAGUUCGUGGAAUCUGAAGUUUGUCACAGUCAGUGCCUCGGUGGAUGUUCAGGUCCCGGACCAGACAAGUGCCGAGCUUGCUCUCAUUAUAGUUUAGAGGGAGAAUGUGUGGGAAGCUGUCCCGAGGGAACCUAUGGUUCAGAGGAGCGGGACUGCUUGAGCUGCCAUGCAUCGUGUGCAAUGUGCAGUGGCCCAGCACAGAAUCAGUGCUUGGCUUGCCGUAUUGGCUUCCUUUAUGUUCUUCAUCUUGGUCUUUGUGCUGAGAACUGUCCUCAGGGAUACUAUGCAGCAAAUGGCUCUUGUCUGCGCUGUGGUGGCCACUGCUCCAAGUGUAUUAACCCUGACCAUUGCACUAGUUGUGAUCAUCAUCUUUUACUUUCCAAUGGUUCUUGUCUCACCAAUUGUCCUGAAGGUUUUUAUGAGACAGAAGACAAUAAGUGUGGUUCAUGUUACCCACAGUGCAAGACUUGUGUAGGGGGCAGCAGUUCUGAUUGUGCAUUGUGCCGAGCUAAUUCUUACCUGCACCGAGGAAAAUGCGUAUACCGCUGCCCUAAAGGUACUUAUGGUGGGCAGGUGACCCGUGAGUGUAUGAUGUGUCCAGCUGGAUGUGCUUCCUGCAAUGGAAAUUCCUGUACCUCCUGUAGUGAGGGCUGGAGAACUAAAGCUGGACGUUGUGUGGCACGCCCUAAUCAGUGUAAUAUAAAUGAAUUUACCUCUCCAUCUGGUGUAUGUCAAGCCUGCCAUUCAUCAUGCAUUUCAUGUGUCGGGCCCACUGAAUCUGAUUGUCUUUACUGUGCUCAGCAACACUUUCUGAUGGGUUCAAAAUGUGUGGGGGCAUGUCCUGAUGGACAUUAUGCACUGCGAGGCCGUUGUUUGCCUUGCUCUCAUGGUUGUAGUACUUGUACUUCCUAUACAUCGUGCAGUACAUGCUCACAACACUUUUAUUUACUAAAUAACCAGUGCAUAUCUGUCUGCCCCUCAGGGUUCUAUAGUGACCGAGGCAUAUGUACAGCAUGUGAAGAAGCUUGCAAGACAUGUUAUGGGCCUCGAGGUGACCAGUGUGCUUCAUGCUCUAAUAGCUCCUUCUUGCUUAAUUCAUCCUGUCAUAGCACAUGUCCACCUUCCCAUUACCCAGAAGGAAGUGAAUGCUAUCCUUGUUAUCACAACUGUCAAACUUGCAAGGGAUCAGGUCUGAAUGACUGCACCUCCUGUCAUGACUAUCUUACACUUGAUGGUGGAAUGUGCAUUGAAUGCCAGUCGGGCAGUUAUUACAACCUCAGUUCUCAAGCAUGUGAACCAUGCAAUAAGUCUUGCCUUACUUGCUCAUCUGGUGGAGAUAAUGGUUGUACAUCAUGCCAGACACCCAUGUCUCUUCAUCCUGCCACUAGUACCUGCCGAACAUGUUGUCCUCCUGGUGUGACAGAAGGAGAACACGAGACCCCUUGUUGUUCCUGUGAUCCUACUACUGGUCAGUGUUAUGGUGCUGUAUCGGCAGAUAAACGUAGAAUAGCUCUCAGUUUGGACUCAGGCUCUCAUCAUGCUCCUCAUCAAGACUCAUACUUCUCGUCUGUCACCUCACUUGUUGCUGUUAUUUGUCUUGUUAAUGUUGUAAUAUUUGGUGCCGUAUUCACCGUACUUCAGGCAAGAUCUACAGGUUCCCUCUGCUGGGCAAGAGACUAUUCGUAUAGCUUCCUUCACUUAGAAAAUAUGUCAGAAAGAGUCUCAUUAACUUUAACACCAUUUGUGGAAGAAGAUUCAGAGGAUGAGAGAGAGGGUGAACUGUUGUAUAUGAAGACAUAGAUAACAGUUAUAUCAGAAAUUAGAAUUUAUAUAAAUUUUAUGAAAUAAGUUUAUGAGUGCAGAGGAAACCAUGAAUUACAGCACAUCCUAAUUGUACCUGUCACUAUGAUGUAGAACUAAAUCCUUUCCAUACUUAAGUAUCCUCAGGUCAUGUUUGUGGAUCAAGUCAAAUUUUUGUGUAAUGUGCCUCAAAAAUGAGGGUGUUAUUUUUUCUAAGCAUGAACUUUUUUUUUUUUUUUUACAACAGUUUUCAGAAAAGAAUGAUGCAUUUUCCUUGUUAAUGCUCAGUAGCAAGUACUGUAUUUAUUUAUACAGUAAUACUAACGUGCCAUGAUGCUGGAGCAUAUCAUUGAAGGCGUUUCCACAUUGUAUGUAAUGGACAGUAUUUUAAUUAGUUACUUUUCUUUUCUGUCAUCUUUAUUCUAUUUUAAGAUAUGGCAUUAUUAACUAUAGUCUUCAAAAUUUAUGGUUAAUAAUGCCAUAUCUUAAAAUAAGAUAUGGCAUUAUUAAAUAUAAUUAUCAAAAUUUCAAGUGUAUGGAAACAAACCUAGAAAGUUCAGGCAUCUGUGGAAAAUUUUAUCAAAAUUUCACGUUAUGCUAAAUUUAAAUGACUGUUUGGUGGCUUUUUAUAAACUGCUCUGUAGUCAAAAACACGUUUAAUCAUGACAUAAUAAUAAGACAGAAGUGUACUUUACAAAAAAUCUGUUUUUAAAUUUAUUCUUUGCUACUGAUAAUAACAAAAUACAAUAUAUGUAAAUGAAAAGGAGAAACAUUAUAGCUCCUGUAUAUUUAUUAGUAAUGAAUGAAUCUAUUAUUGAUAUGCAUUAUGAAAGUAUUCUUAAAAGCAUAAGUAUGAAUUCCCUUAGUUCCUAAACUAAUGUUCGAUGAAAUUUAACUUUUUUUUUUUUAAUAAUUCCUUCAGUGCUUUAAAUAUUUACUAGUUAAAGCUAUUUAUGUCAUAAUAAAUUUUGUAUGAAAGCUAUUACAAUGUCACAAAUUAAUUAUUAAUCUUUUUACAAUGACUGAUUAAACUUAUAUAAAUAGUAAUACCGUGCUAGAAUACUGUAAAAAAUAAGAGGCACUAUGGUCAUGUGAGCAGUUCUCUACUGGUGAAAGUAGAGGACUGGGAAUGAUCUCAGACCUUGGUGAAAAUAAGGAGAGUAAUGAAGCCAAGGUCAGAUAAGUUGCCAUACUGCUUAGCAGCUAUUAAAGUAUACAUAUUGCCAGAAAACUAUUUUCUUAAAACCAGAACAAAUGCAGCUCAGUAAAGGCUCUCUUAACCAAAUGUAUGAUUGUUGUGAAAAUAUUAAUAUGUAGGAUUGAUUUAUGGUACAGCCUUUCCUCACUUAACGACAGAGUUCCGUUCCUAAAACCAUGUCAUUAAACAAAUUCGUCACUUAGUGAGGAGCAUACUAUAAUGGUAAUGAGUUUGUGUCAACCAUCUUUAAUAUUAUUUUAAUGUCACCUUUGCACCAUUUAUAACAUUUCUGGUAUAUUUUUAAAUGUUUAUACAGUAGUGUACUGCAUAUUGAAAAUAAACAGAAUAGAGGAAAUCAGCUCUAAUAUACAUAAUUUAGGUAUGAUUACUGCUCAGAGAGCCCAUUGUAAGUCCGAGGCGUUGGUAAACAGGUAUGUCGCUAAGUGAGAAGAGGCUGUAUUUGCAUUAUUUGAGUAAUUAAAAAUUAAAAGAAUAAUCUUGAAAAGCUAGAAUUAUCAUAUUAUACAGGGCAAUAUACAACAACUGUGUUAAAUUUUAUCAUUAAAAUAUUUGUAAUAAGGUACAAUACCACAUAUAUUACUUAAAAAACAAUAUAUACAUAAAAACAUUAAUAGGAAUACAUACCAUAAAAAUAAUUUGCUAUUGAUUUCAAAUCCUAGUUUAAUCUCAGAUUAUCAUGUUAAUCAACUGUAGUAUAAAAAACUAUUUAAGUACUGGUGUAAUAAAUAUAUCUGUUUUACCUCAGGUACCAUAAAGAUCCAGUAAUCAUGUGAUACCAGCUAUUAGUUUAACUUUGGUUAAGAGAUAUUUUACUGGAUCUUUAACUUUUAAUAGGGAUCUUUUUUUUUAUAUUCACUAUUCAUUAAUUUUGCAGAUAAUUGCCUGAAUACCUGACAGGUACAUUGUCAAAAACUUAAAAGCUUGACUACUAUUAGGUUCAAUAAUAAUUAGGCAGUACAGUAGUGAUAGUACUUGAAAAAUUUGCUAAAAAGCUGCAUAAUUUUUAGCUUAGAAUAAACUAAGAUCAGUUACUUCUUCAUUGUGAUAGAGCCAAUAUUAUUUCUUAACAGGUGUCAGGUCAUUAAUGUAUAGAUUAUGAAUAGCUGAGAGAAUCUGGUAUUUGAAGGAAGUAUGGUGCUGUUGCAAUAUUAGAUACUUACUCAUGUGAUAAAAUACUGGGCAUCACUAUGCCAUUUUGACUUAUGAAACAGUGAUCCUGUCUUCAGUCAUUUUAUACAAACUGCCUUUCUUAAGGGCUUAAAGUGAAAAAUAAAAUUUCCAUACCUUAGAUGCGAGAAACUGAACAUGUACAAGCUAUAGAAUUUCAAAUUAUUGUGAUAACAAAAGGAUAUGGUAAAUCUGUCAUGACAGAAAUUAUUGAGUGACACAUGGAAAAGUUAAAUCAUAAAUGACAGACUUCAAGAUGGUGACAUUAGGAAACAGAGAAAAAAUAGACAGUGUAUUUAAAAUAGUGAUUACCAGAGACACAAUAAUAAUGUUUUCACCAUUUUUGGGUAUACAUUAAAGAUUACUUCAUAUCUAACGAAGUUACCAGAAAAUAUGCAUGCAGAGUUUUUCAUGUUCUAUUCAUGACAUCUCAAAAAUUUCAUUCUAGUCAUGAAAAUUCAUUUCUGAGGCAUUUAAUGGUGACUAACAUUCACAAGAAACUAGAAAUGAAUCAAGUUUAAUGACUUGCAAAAGGAACAGUGAACAAGGUAUGCAUCUAAACAAAUCAAGUUUAAUAUAUUGUGAAAAGAACAGUGAGCUAGAUAUGCGUCUUAAUGUCACAAACAAGGACAUAAUGCCUUGUAAUAGGGUGGCCUUAAUGUUUAAAAGUAGUUAGUACUUUUAUAUUGCCCAAUAUAAGAGUUUAUGCAUACUCAGUCUUAUUUUAUAAAUGCUUUUGUAUUAAAUUUAUUAUUGGCAAAAUUUAUUAUUUCUGUAUUUGUAAUGUGUCUUCCUUCAUUCAUUUUUUAAUAGAAGUAAAUUGUGAUACAGUAAUGAUGUUCAAGUCUGAAACUGGAUGAUCCCCCCAUCAAAGUUUGUAUUUUAUGAGAACCAUAUAAAACCUUAAUAAUUACUGAAAUCUCCUUUAAUGUCCAUAGAAUAAAUUUAGACAGGUUUAACAGGCAACCACUAGUGUCUUGUAUGCCAGCAGGUCCAACCCAGAUUACAGAAAAGUCUUUUCCUGUUCUGACAUACAUAUUACUUUAGGGCAAACAUUUAAUUACAGUCUUUAAUUAAUUGUUUUAAAAAACUGUCUACUGUAUUAGGUUCUCAUUGAUUUAUUAGUACAUUUAGCUUUUUAGUUUUAUGUAUACUACUUUUUGAUGAGCAGUCAAACACUGAAACUUCAGAGUAUGGGCAGAGGUGUCUAGAACUUUUGAUCUAACCAGUCAUGAAAAAAUCUAAGGGAAAAUUUACAAUUUACAAAUUAAAGCACAAACAAAAUAUAAAAUAAUAUAGUACUCACUAAUGUCUGUUGUCCUUGUACUCUUGUAAAUAUCUUAGGACACUAUGUACAAGGGGUGUUUGAUAAAUGCAUCAUAUUCAGUUGAACAUAGUGUAACCGUAGGUAUAGGAUGUAACUGCAUCAUAUUGAGAGUAAGAAUAUAAUAAAAUGGAAUUGAAUGAAGAUUCUUAAGACAGAAAUGGUACCAGUAUCCAUAUCCAGGUUGCCAUGUGAAUCAUCAGUAGCACUCAGGGGUGGGGCUGGUACUGCAGAUUUGAAUAAGGACAACAGUAUGGACUACUAUACUACAAGAGUGAAUCUCUUAUCUUAAUCAUCAUGAUCUGCUGCUUGGCAAUGAAAUUAUGCUUUAUGCUCUGAAAAUGAAUGUAUUUACCAGAGGGAUUUUGCUCACCUAAGUUGUCAUCGCUAAAAUUACUUGGGGUGCAUCACUGCAUCAACAAUGUCUACAUCUCUUUAUCGUCAAUUCAUUUUUAAAUAUACUGUGGUAUCUUGCCUAGUUGCACUAGAAAUUCUUUCAAAAAGUUCUUUGGCAUAUGACACUGUACUAUAUUUUUUCCACAUCAGCCAUAUUUGUUAAGAUGGAAGCCUUCAAAAUAACUCACUGUCUGAAUUGUAACUGAUGAACAAGCUUUCAGGCUAUAUCUUAAAUAACAGCAUUGUUAAGUAACUUAACACUUUACUCGUUCCAUGACUCUUGUUAUAAAGGCCGUAUUUCUUGGUUUAUUUUUGGAGAUGCUUUAUAUUCCCAUAUAAAAAUGAAAGCUAAACAUCAUAAGCUUGAGUCAUGUGGGUAAACAUUUUCGGUCACAGUAUAUAAAUGAGCAAGGAGCAGUAUGGAAACUGGUAGUUAAAAAAUACUGGAGUUGUGCGCCACCUUUUUGCCUCCUUUCACUUCCAACAUAAAAUUACCAGAACUGUUGCUAAGUGGCAUGUGGGGGGCUGAUGACCAGACUGCAUGCCAAGCCAAGUAAGGAAUGCUAAAAUUCAUCUGUACUAAAUAAUCAUAUUUUCAGAAUACUAAAACUUCCCAAUUCCAAAGUUUCUGUGGUUAACUGUAGUUGUCAAAUAAUAAGUAUUUGCAAGAUUAAUUAUCAAGUACAGUACUAAAAUUCAGUUUUCUCCCACCCUGAAUAAUGCUUAUUUAAACAUUACUGUACCUGUAAAACCAUAUCAUUAGAAAAAUUACUAUUGCUAUCUACUUUUCUUAGAAGACUGCUAAUUUUUGUAAAUAGACUUUGUUAUUUCUGUACUGUGUUACUAAAAAAAAACAUUUCAAUUAAGAGGUUGCAGUCUCAUAAAUACAAUAAUGAAGUGAUUGGGGAGUUUGGUCAUUCAGUAAUUUUACCAACAUAGUAUACAGUAUUAUAAAAUGUAAGGUUCAAGUCAUUAUUUCUUAGUUAUAAAACUCCAAAAUUUGCUCUGCAGCAAAAACAUAUAUACACCAUCUUAGGUUGUUUUCUUUAGAAAGGAAGAUAUGAAAUACCAUAUCAUUUAUUAAUAAGUUUUUAGGUGUUUAUAUGAAGGGAGCUGUGACCAAAUGAUACAAUCCAUGCAGCUUCAAAAAAGAUUCAAAAUAUGCCUGAUAAUCUUAUUUUUAAUGUUGACCUAGUUUACUAGUCAUUAUCACCCUGCAAGGUGAUGUCGAACCCGUCAAUAGGUCUAACCAUACUAAAGGAUAUGUUUGGUGUCAGGGAAGCAUGUAAUGGCUUUUAUAAAUCGAGUAGUAUGUACAUUUUCAACAAACCAUGCACAAUGAUAAUAUACUUAAGUCAUUUAUAGAUUUUAUAGUUAAUGAAGGUUGACUCAGUUCACAAUGACAUGAAGCUAAGAAUUGAAAUCUUGAGUACUUACAGGGGUUUGAAAUGUGGUGUGGAAGGUUUCCAGGACCACAUGCUAUCAACUAUGAUGACCAAGUACUGGUCAUGGUGCAGUGGUUAGUUUACUUAACUAUGGUUCAGGGGAGAGUACUGUGGCCCAAUAGCCUUUCAAACCCCAGUUCAAAUAACACAAGUACUUCUAGAGCUCAAUUAAUGAAGGAUGUAUGAAUGUGAUAUAUAAGGUGUAAUGAUAUUAUUGCCCAUUUGUAAAAAAAAAAAUCUUCGUGACUUUUUCACUCUGAGUGAUAUAGUACUUUACAAAAUUUAUGCAUACUUAAGUUUACUUCAUCUUAAGCAUAUACAAUUUGUUUUUGCAGUUUGCUCCUAAUGUCAAACCCUGAGCAUGUAAUUAGCAUUCAGCAGUCUCAACAAAUGGGAUCUCUCCUAUAUUCUGUACAGGAAAUUUGUGAAUUUUUAAGAAUUUUAAUUUUAUUUUUAUUGGCUUAUUGGAUAUGUCCAUACAAUAGGUGAUGAUUUAAGUGUAGGUAAACAGCAUUUCAGUUUGAUGCAUAUGUAGUAUAUUCUCACCCUUUCACUGUCGCUUGUGUAGAUCUGUCUCAUUGAAGCUAGUGUCGCAAAUGUUGCCCUGCUUCUUAAAUUCAAAUUCAUAACAUCAUCAAAUAUGCUAUGAGCGGCACAUUUUGCCGUAGACAUGAGAGAAUGUAUGUGUGGUGGUGGUUGUGCACAGUAUAAAAAAAAUCUUGUCCCAUGCAAUGCAUGAUGGAAAAACUACCCUCCAACCUUGAGUUUAGGUCGAAAUAGUGACUUUGAUACAUUUCCUAGGGUGGUUUUCAUGCCUUUUAUUGGUUGUUUCUUGGAGAUGGAAAUGAUUUUGUUCAGUUUCAGAUUGAACAUACCUGAAAUAGACUCAAAGUGACAGAUACUAUACUGUAUAUGAUUUUUGCUGAUAUUCCUGAAGUGGGGUAGGGGGAUGCCUCCCUUAACCUCAUUGAUCUGUUUUAUUGGUUUUUAUUAGGUCUGCUUCAAUAACUGGGAUGAUCUAAACCAUGCUCAAGCAUUCUUGGUUAUAUUUCAUUAGCCAAGAAAUAGGGAAACCACUUUUUUUUUUUUUUAAAGUGAUGGAUUGAAAAUGUAGGACAAGUGUUAUAUUGGAGACCUGGAGAUGUGAUUAAAGAAUAGCAGAAAAGCUGAUUUUGUGGCUGGAAUGCCUACAGUGUAUUUUGAGCCUUGUUUUUUAAUUGGAAUUUGUUCAAUUCUGUGUAAUAUUUUGGGUGCUUCAGUGGGUAAUUCUGAGAGUUAAAUGGACAGUUUCUUGCAUCAAUCAGUAGUACAGAAAGCAUGCUAGCAAAUUAGCCAUGAACUGGGUCAGUUUGAGCAAUGUAAUUGGCAUAAAAUGUAAUAAUGUAAUUGGCAUGCCUGUAUGAUUCCAUAUUUUAUACUACAUAAAAUUUUACAUAUUUGGUGUCACUACCUUUAGAAUAAGAUUCUCUAUAAUUUUAGAAGAUAAAAUUAUCUUUUAUAUUGAAAAAUUGCAGCAGUGAAAGGGUUAGUUUCUUUUCCAAAUUUUAUGGUUUCUUUUAGAAUUCAUAUCUCUUAGUCAAUUACACAAUAUUUAAUAAUUAUAAUGGAGAGAGAACAUUGUGGUGUGCACAGUACAUGUGUAUCUUAGUCUGAGUGAGAAUGCAUCUACAAAAGAGUAACUUUUGUGGCUGCAUAUAUGAUCCCUUUAUUUUUAAGGCUUGUGGCUUGUUUUUCUGUUUAACUAUAUAUUUCUGAGUCAUGUCAAUGAAUAGAAAUCUGAAAACUCAGAAAUAUGUAUUCAUUUAAAAUAUUAUGGAGCUUUUAUACAAAACAAAUUACAUUUACAA